UCAGUGUUCUCUUGUGCCAAGCAGACGACUCGGCAGACGUUGAACCGUUAUCGUAACCCGAUAUUUCAAUUCGAGGUUUCAAUUCGAGUUUUGUUCUGACUUCUGCCGACCUCGUUAUUGAUUCAUAUAGGCUUUUUGGAUGAUAGGCUAUUGAUCAGCGAUAGGCUAAAGUGGAAUCACAUGCUAGAAAUCGGGCCUAGGAAAACACCAGAAAAUAGGCAACACGCGGUAGUAGUCUAUCCUUCCAGUUGAGUUGACAGAAUAUCGGCUUCCCACACACGGACAAAAUGACAAGUGCAGUCCCAAUCACAGACCCAGAGAUCAAGUUUACCCAGAUUUUCAUCAACAACGAGUUUGUAAACUCUGUGAGUGGCAAGACCUUCCCCACCGUCAAUCCGACCACCGAGGAGGAGAUAUGCCAGGUACAGGAAGGAGACAAGGCUGAUGUCGACAAGGCAGUUGCGGCAGCCAAGGCGGCCUUCAAGCGAGGAUCGCCAUGGCGGACGAUGGACGCCUCCCAGAGGGGCAACCUGCUGAGGAAACUGGCCGAUCUUGCCGAAAGAGAUAUCGCCUAUAUUGGAAGCCUUGAAACUUUGGAUAAUGGAAAGCCGUUCAGUUCCGCAUGCAAUGACGUAAAGUAUGCCUGCAACGUCCUCAGAAAUGCGGCAGCGUGGUCUGAUAGAGUCUGUGGUGAGACUAUUCCAGCAGAUGGUUCCGUUUUCACCUACACGAGAUAUGAACCAUUUGGUGUGGUUGGCGUCAUCACUCCGUGGAACUUUCCUUUUAUGAUCGCCGCUAUGUCUGCGUAUGCCCUUGCCGUUGGGAAUGUACUCGUGGUUAAACCGGCGGAACAGACCCCCCUCACAACUAUCUAUCUUGGAAAGCUGGCCCAGGAAGCCGGCUUCCCGCCCGGUGUCUUCAACGUCGUUCCAGGAUACGGCCCAACUGCUGGCCACGCCAUCAGUUCUCAUCCUGACAUCAGAAUGGUGGCCUUCACGGGAUCCACCGUGGUUGGACGCAAGGUGAUGACUGCUGCAGCGGAAAGCAAUUUGAAGAAGGUAUCAUUGGAACUUGGAGGCAAGAGUCCAAACGUCAUCUUUCCGGACGUCAACAUUGACGAAGCAGUAGCUUACGCCUCUGAAGCAAUCAUGUUCAACAUGGGUCAGUGUUGCAUUGCUGGAUCCAGGACGUUCGUCCAUGAAGACAUCUAUGACGAAUUUGUCCGCAAGUGUGUCGAAUACGUCAAGAAAACGAAAAUUGUUGGCGAUCCUUUCAAGUCUGGAAUCAACCAGGGACCUUUAGUCAAUUCCGUGCAGUUCGAGAAGGUACUUGGAUACAUGAAGGCAGGCCCAGCCGAGGGCGCCAAGCUGCAGUGUGGAGGAGCGCGCCACGGAACAAAGGGAUAUUUCAUUCAGCCUACUAUCUUCUCAGAUGUCACCAAUGAUAUGAGCAUUGCCAGGGAAGAGAUCUUUGGCCCUGUCCAGUGUAUCUUGAAGUUCAAGACCAUGGAUGAGGUGAUCGAGAUGGCCAAUGACACAUCUUAUGGUCUUGCGGCUGCCGUUUUCACCAAGGACCUCAACACUGCCAUUACUGUUGCUAAUUCGUUAGAGGCUGGGACAGUGUGGGUAAACCAGUAUUUCGGUGGCACCAGUGGAGCACCUUUUGGAGGAUACAAGCAGUCUGGCAUUGGCCGACAGGGAGGGAAGGUUGGCGUUGAGGAAUACUGUGAAAUUAAAACGGUUUCAAUCAAGUUGCCGGUUAAGAACUCUUAAGAUGGAUCGAGAAAAUUGGAUCGUGGACUUCGCUGAAACCGAUAAAGGAUAAUUUUUACUUGUCGUCUAAUAACGCCAGGCACUGAUUAUUGCCGGUACUUUCACUGCCGUCGCCCACCCACUUAAAAGCUGGCUGGCAAAUUAGUCUGUCAUCAAUACUUACCUAAAUUAAUAAUCCGGGUACAUGUGAUUAAGUGUAUAAGGUCCGCGAUUCCGAGAAACUGCAAUACAUAUCAGUCGCACACCCUUGGCAAUGUUCUUCGAUGAGCGCCUGACAUCGCCAGCCUCUGAUUGUUGCAGGACUUCAGCUUCAUGACUAUUCCUCGCUGACUAUUAAUUUGUCCGGGAAAAGGGACUGAUUAUUGGUUAACUUUGUGUAUGAUUAUGAAAUAAAGAAACUUCAUAAACAGCUUUUGAUAA